CCGCCGCCGCCGUUGGAGCCUCCCUCCGCCCGGAGCCAUGGCCGCGCUCGGCCACCCCGCCGCCUUCGGCCGGGCCACCCACGCCGUGGUGCGGGCGCUGCCCGAGUCCCUGUGCCAGCACGCGCUGAGGAGCGCCAAGGGCGACGAGGUGGAUUUCGCCCGCGCCGAGCGGCAGCACCAGCUCUACGUGGACGUGCUGGGCAGCAAGCUGGGGCUGCAGGUGGUGAAGCUGCCGGCCGACGAGAGCCUCCCGGACUGCGUGUUCGUGGAGGACGUGGCCGUGGUGUGCGAGGAGACGGCUCUCGUCACCCGCCCCGGGGCGCCGAGCCGGAGGAAGGAGGUUGACAUGAUGAAAGAAGCGUUAGAAAAACUUCAGCUCAAUAUAGUAGAGAUGAAAGAUGAAAAUGCAACCUUAGAUGGUGGAGACGUCUUAUUCACAGGUAGAGAAUUUUUUGUGGGUCUUUCCAAAAGGACAAAUCAACGAGGUGCUGAAAUCUUGGCUGAUACUUUUAAGGACUAUGCGGUCUCCACAGUCCCGGUGGCCGAUACUUUGCAUUUGAAGAGUUCCUGCAGCAUGGCUGGGCCUAACCUAAUCGCAAUUGGAUCCAGUGAAUCUGCGCAGAAGGCCCUCAAGAUCAUGCAACAGAUGAGUGACCACCGCUACGACAAACUCACUGUGCCUGAUGACGUGGCUGCAAACUGUAUAUAUCUAAACAUCCCCAGCAAAGGCCACGUCUUGCUGCACCGAACCCCAGAAGAGUAUCCAGAAAGUGCAAAGGUUUAUGAAAAGCUGAAGGACUACAUGCUGAUCCCCGUGAGCCAGUCUGAGCUGGAAAAGGUGGAUGGGCUGCUCACCUGCUGCUCGGUUUUAAUUAACAAGAAGGUAGACUCCUGAGUGGCAGUCCCUCCCUGCAGCUGGCAAUCCUGCACUCACAAGGCCAACGACUGCCCCCACUCCUGUCGUUUUCAUUGACAAUCUACUGUGCCACUGUGCUACUAACUCUGGUUCACAGAAGUUCAACUUUAAUUGUUUCAUUGUUUCAUUCUGUACCUUCUCCUCCAUCCCCUCAUGGUGGUACCUAGACUGGAUUUGCUAAAAGAGUGAAGCAACCUAGAAAUUAUAGAGCAAAUGAAUUGUCGAAGUGAUUAAUGACCGUGGGGGGAAACACUCAGUAUUUGUAUUAUCAGUGUGAAAAUCAUGUAGUUGCCAAUACAGUAUACGCAGAAGAAUGUCUUCUUAGUCUGAUAAGCUGGGAUUUAUCAUUAAUCAUCUUUGGUUCCCUGGUCCAUGGAUUCUCCUUCUUUGCUCCUUUUUUCUAGAAAACUCUGAAGGCUUUUUUCCAUUACUUUCUUUUGCUUUUCUCACUUCUAUCACACUCACCUUGACCUUGGGUGAAAUCAGGAGUCUUGCCUUCUGGGUACCUUCCUGCAAGUUCACCCUGUCUGUCGCCGGUCUCCUCUGCCUCAUGGCUACAUCUUCCACUCUCCCUCAGAAGGGCAAAUGGGUCCCUCAGCAGAACUGUGAUCACAGCUGUUUGGAGGUGAGUUAACAGCACAGAGGCACAUCCUGACGGGGUUUCCCCAGAGGUCUAAAUUCCAGAAGAAGUAGGGCACCACACCUAUGAAGGUAAACUCAGCACCAGAUGGUUGCUAGGGAAUCGUAGAUCAAGAAGCUUGGAAAUACCCCAGGGGUAUAACAUCUUAGAAAGUCUUUAAGUCACAUUCCAUGAAUUUUUGCUUUGUUACUAGCCAUAUAUAGACCCUUAAGAAUAGUCUUAUUUUCUCUUCAGCUCAUUCCAGCCCACCACUUCCCUCUGUUGUGAUUCAUUCUAUUGCUGUCCUUCUACCACCGGCAAUUAUCCUGGCCUAGCAAAGUUAUUUCUUUCCAAACAGACAUCCCAUCUAACACUGAUUCUUGAUGUCUGUGUGAGCUGGAUGAAGCAUGUUCAGGAAGUGAUAGGCUGGGUACUUGAGACCAGCUGCUGACAAUGGGCAAUUCUUUGAAAUAUCCAUGAACAUUUACUGUGGAAUUCAAUUAAAACGGCUUUCCUCUCUAGCCUUUAAAGUACACAACCUUGAACUGACGGGGAGCUCUCACGUAAAACAAUGCCACAGUGAAGGGAGAGAUCAUUGUCGUUUAAGCCUGAAAGAAUCAGCCUGUUGGCAGGCCAGGAAAAUGGUACUUUCCAAGGAAGGGUGGCAGAUCCAGGCAUGUUACUGAGUUUCCUAGUCAUCUCCACCUUUCCCGUAGUGCCUGCGGCUUGUUGUUUAAGCGUAAGAACCAGGGAGACUGAGAAAUGGGACUUCAGGUCUUGCUCUGCUCACCUGUGUGUGUGUAACCAGACAUUCCAUCUGUUUAAUGAUCAAAAGAGAAUUACCUUCAUUCCCUUCAUCUCCCCCUUAGCAAAUGGGGAGGAACCCAAAACAUCCUUAACCACUCUCUGUCUUUUUCAUUUAUUUGAUGACUUUUUGCCAGAAUUGGGAGAAAUUCCUUCUCCUCCUCGUUGCUUCACUUUAAAAUUCAUUUCGCAUACAAAUAUCUAAUGAUAUACAUCCUAUGAUUAAACCAUACCUUGGUCAGUGUCACAUUUCCAACUGUCUUAUCAUGAGUGAAUAAUAUGUUUUUACCAGAGAGAGAAUGAAUGUUACCCACAUGCCCAAGUUAAUCAAGAAAAAUUAUCCUCAGCAGUUAUGGUUGCCCUUUAUGCUGGCAAAAGCAGAAAUCCCCUUGGGAAAGGUCAACAUCUCAAAAACAACCAUGGAAAAACUAACACAAUCAGCUGGUGUAUAGGCUUAAUAUUAAAGCAAACUGGCACAUAAUCUUCAAUGUCUAUUUGUAUCAUCCCAAAUUAAAGAACUAUUCUCUAGUAUGUCUAGUCACUUGCAAGGGAAUAGAUUUCCCUUUUGAUUAUUUUGUCCAACUAAGACUGUUUUCACUUUUCCUUUCCUUUGCUACUUUCCCUCUUUCCUUCACUUUGUCUCAAGAAACCCCGUAGAAUCUGUGUGCCUCUCCAGAAUCUUAUUCUGCACAGCUGUGUCACAGACAAGGCUGGCUUCUUUAGACUACCUAUGAUAGGAUGUGAAAAUCUAAAAUAUCUGCAGCAUAAUAGUGUUACUUUUUUUAUGUUCUCAUCAGCAUAAUGUUACCUUUGAAGGAGAAAGAUAACCUCUUGUCUAUUGUGAUUUAUAGGGAUAGCUAAACUAACAGGAACUGCUUUUUGACAUUAUAAAGACAUUAGUAAUUGUAUUUAAGUAAGUAAAAGUUGAGUUAUUUGGUCAGUAAGAUUCAGUUUAAUAAGGACAAUAUAGAGAAAGUACAUUAUUUAGCAUCAUUUCUUCAACUAAGAUGGAUUGCUAUAGAAAUCAACAGGCAGACCUCGCUAGUAUAUAUUGAUUGCUCUUUUAAGCUACUGUGAACAGAUAGAUUGCUACGGCCAUGUCUUUAUCUCUAAGGGGAGAAAAUAGUCUGUAGAUGAAUACUGUGAUGUAUCUAGAGCUGCAUGUUAGUCGUGGUGAUUAUUUACUCUUUAACAUUCUACAGAACUCAGACAAUUUCCACAUGGUGUUGGGUUUAUGCAUUUCAUUUUACUGACCACCUUGUUCCAGCCAAUGUAUGGUUAUCCACUCUGUGUGCCAAAACCAGUAAUGCCUUCAUGGCCCUUUAGUCCAGAGAAGUUCUGCACUGAUUUUAGUCUCUUGCUGUCCUGAUCCUACAAGUGUACCAGUUACAAUGGAAUAAAGUGUCAGUUGUGCUGUGAUCAGCAAGUA